UUUGGCUACUUGAACUGGAUUAUAGGUUAGCUUAUAGCUUGAAGCUAUGUCUUCUUAUGUCCAUCAAAUGGAGCAGCAGUACUCUGCACGUAAUCUCUCAGAUGAUUCUGAGACAGGAAGCCAUUAUGAACUGGAAUCAGGAUUCUACAUGACUUCUUUUACCGCAACAAUCUUUGUAGCUUCACUUGUCACUCUUGGAGUUUUAUUAAUUGCUUUACUGAUUUCCUUGGUGAUUAUGCUGCAAUCAUGUCAAAGUAAAAAUGCUGGAGUUAUUGAGCUUCUGAAAAUAAAUGAUUAUUACAGUCAUUGCAGGGUGUAUUCUCUACAAGCUGAGCUCAAUAACUUUGAAGGAUAUAAUCUUCCUAACAUCUGCAGAGACCUGGCUAUACACUAUAUCAAAGGAGGUCAAUAUGCUAGAGACUUGGAUUUAACCAUGUCUGCGAUUGAUGAUUACUUUAAGAGUGUUAGACCUCCAGAUGAUGGUUUGGAUAUGGUGUUGAUGGACAUAGAUGACAUUUUCCCUCCGAGUCCUUAUUAUUCCGAUUUGUUUCACAGGUUUCAUAAUGACAGCAUUAGCAACUGUAUCAAGGAGGCAAAGAAUGUAAAGCUCAUGCUUGCUUUAAGAUUAUACAAGAACCUUCAAACUGGUGGAUGGUCUAUAAUUUUGUUAUCAAGAAAGCCUGAAACGCACCGAAAUGUCACCAUUAAUCAUCUUGUCUCUGCGGGAUUUGGAGGUUGGUCUUCCUUGAUGAUGAGAGGAGAAGAUUCAGAUUCUACCAAAGGGAAUGAGUACUUUUCUAGGCAAAGGAAUGUGAUCCAGAGGAAGGGCUUCCGAAUAAAAAGCAUUAUAAGCAGCCAUAUGGAUGCGUUGACCGUUCCAGAUACAGGAAUACGAAUUUUUUUGCUUCCAGACUCUGUAUGCGACAAGUUUGAGCAGCAGAUAGAGAGCAUAGAUACUGGACAUUAGUUUCGUGAUUCAUCCUUCAUCCUUCACGAAGACAGAAUAGCUAUUAUUAUAUAGGUUCUUAUUCUCUGAAACUAGGUUUGUUUUUGUUACACAAUCAAAUCAAUACAACAUAAUUUAGUAUUACCUCAAAAGCAUAAUCAUAGCUCUCCAACCUAGUGGCAUGUUUAGUAUUAUGUAGUCAUGCAUCCGUG